CUUCUUAGCAUUGUCAAAACAACGUGUUCCCCAUGUAAAUACAUUUAUUUGUAGAUUAUUUAAUAAACUCGUGAAAUGCCUGCCGGAAAAAUAAGGAUUGUCCCUUGGCUGACGAUUCAAGAAUGGCUUGAGGUGUACAACAACGCUUACUCAGGUGAUCUUCAAAGCCAGAUCAAAGCAGUUGAGAAAAUUGAAGAAUGGAGGGACAGGAAUAUGCAUUGCCCACCUGCUGCACUUCUCACCGGAUCAAUUUUAUCCACAGUAGUCAAGGACAGUGUGUUCCACCCGAAUGUGCAGGAAGCCCUUGGAAAGAAAGAUCUCGAAGUUAUAUAUUCCACGCAUAUCAUGAGGUUUUUGAAUAUGGCUUUAGAAGAGAAGUAUCAGAAAAGCGCUGAUUCGUUGUACUCGAGGGGUAAAAAAACCGGAAUACCUGACUGGAUUGUAAACCUGAGGCACAAAGUGGCCCACAGUUACAGGCUUCCAGCAUUGGACUAUUCACAAAAUGCGGUCUGCUGGGUUUUGAACUAUUUGAAGGAGAACUAUUGGGAGAUUGAAAAGAAAUCGAUGAAGGAGUACAGGCCAGAGAGACCUAAAGGGCAAAUUUUAGAACAGAAAAUCAGAGGCCUGCUUGACAUUUAUAUACUGCUGUUUGAACAGAAUGCAAAUGGAAUCAAGAAAGUUAAGAUGAUACCAACUUCAAAAAUGAGGACAAGAAUAUUAUCAUUUACAAAACAUAUUCCACAAACAUUUGAAGCAGAAACAUUAAUGUGUGAAGAGGAAGCGGCAUUGAAUGUGGAUAUCAAAAAUUUUAAGCGAUCUGACUUAGUGAGUGCUAUGGGUAUAAUUUUGGGCUAUUUGAAAAGCUAUUUAAAAUGGCCUUAUUCUUAUUUCCAACCUGUUAAAAUCAUUAUAAAACAUAUGAUUGACGAUGCGGAAAGUCACAAUGGCUGUCGUUUUGAUUUAUGGUCGCAUGUUAUCAAAAUGCUGUACGUAAACGACUAUUUCCCCGAAUUCAUUUUAAAUCUGACGUAUGAUGUUUUUAUCAAUGAGAAAUUCACAUACAGAGGAGACUAUUCUGCAAAGAUGCUUAUUUACCUUCUUGAAGCUUUGGUUAAGAGAGGUAAACUUGAAAAAUUAAAGAAAGACCUAUCGAAAGAGACACCCAGACCCAGCAGCAAAAAGAGAGUUCCUUUAAAACUGUCGUUAUUUGAACAGAAGAUUCUUAAAAAAUUACAUCUUCGGCGUAAUCUCAACUUAAACACCGAAGCUAUCAAAGCUCGUAUCGCCAUUUGUGCAACGCUCACGGCAAGGAUCGAGAAAAAAUAUCCGACGUUGAGAAAGGCAUUGAGGCUAAUCGAAUACAAACCUCUGAGGGAUAGCGAUUUGAUAAAAAUUCUCAAAGUGAUUUGUGAUAAUCCAAAUGACUUUGCCAACAGAUGUAUCGAAUUAUUGUUCGAGUUAUUCCAAAAGGAUAUACAGAGUGAGAAAGAUGAUAUAUUGAAAUUGCUUAAAGUUUUCCAUGGCGAAGGACUUUCGAUUAAGAAAAUUAACAAGAUAUACACGCUAAAAAAAUUAUCAAAAGAAAGCAGCGAGGAGGAAAUGCUUGCGAUAGACGAAUCAGAGGAAACUUUAAAAACAGAAAAACUUCUCAAUGAAGAUGAAGAUCAAGAUCUUGAAACAUCUGUAGAUACAAAUGAACCCUGCACGGUUCAUCAAGAGAGGUCAAACUGCCCCUGGAGGACCGUGAAUGAAUUUGAUUGGGUCUCGUGUCCAAUUGAUUCACUUCCUUGGAGAGAGAAAAGUCCUUUUGAAAUAUUGCCUUACACUGGCGGCACCGACAAUGAAAUUAGUUUCAUCAGAUUCAAAGGCGACACCAAAACUGACUUUUUUACUACAGUCAACUGGAACAUGCCAGAAAAGAGGAAAAUAAUCAUAGAGCCAAUUGAAAUAUCUUCAAUAGAAGUCACAGACAAUGACAAUGUCGUAGAAGAAAAUGAAACUGAAUUAACAAAAGAAUCUUAAGACAUUUUUAAUGUAGUAAUAUAUAGGAAAUCCAUUUGUCUUUUUCCCAUGUGUCAAUAUGAAAAAUUGUCUUUUUUUAUAUGUAUAUUAUAACAUG